UCUGCUUGUCCUCUGCCAGCCAGGCCGCCCCUCUGUGUCAUUACUAUGGCUGCUACUUUCUUCAUGAUGUUAGCUGCUCUGUCGAGGAGUUUCAUUGGUCGUUGAGGAUGUGGGCCGGUUUGGUUGUCUGUGGCUGUGAUUGUGUGUGUGUGUGUGUGUGUGUGUGAGACUGUUGUCACCACACACGGCGGCCCGCAGCUGAGCACAUUCGUGUAUCUGCCACGCACGUCUGUGCCGUUUGAAUCUCCGCAGGUCCGCUGGAACGGCUUGUGUAAGCCGGUGUGAAAUGAAAUGUUCUGCUUGCUGCUCUGAGGGCUGCUCUUGCAGGAAUUUCGUAUUUGCACUUUUCUGUCCCGUGAACAAGACCCCCCCCCCAUGGCGAUUUCUCUGCCAUUUGACUCUCCUGCCUGUUUCACGGAUAUAGAGCAAAGUGUGUGAUGUUGAUCCAGCAUGGUCUGUACCUACUUGAAUGGGGUCAAGCUUGGAGCUACACAAACAUGCUGUAUUGCUGUUGCUUGGGCCGGACAUGAUGUUAUGCUCAGCAAUGAUACUGAAGUUGCCUGGCAUUCAUUAUCCUCCUUUUAAUAACCCAUUAAUAAUACUCCUAUCCCUCUAUUCAUAAUCCUCCUAACGACCUAUUAAUAAUACUCCUAUUUAUCCAUUCAUAAUCAUUCUAAUAAACCAUUAAGAAUACUCCUAUUCUUCCACUCAUAAUCCUCCUAAUAACCUAUUAAUAAUACUCCUAUUCUUCCACUCAUAAUCCUCCUAAUAACCUAUUAAUAAUACUCCUAUUUAUCCAUUCAUAAUCCUCCUAAUAACCUAUUAAUAAUACUCCUAUUCAUCCAUUCACAAUCCUCCUAAUGAGCCAUUAAUAAUACUCCUAUUCAUCCAUUCAUAAUCCUCCUAAUGAUCCAUUCAUAAUCCUCCUAAUGACCCAUUAAUAAUACUCCUAUUCAUCCAUUCAUAAUGCUCCUACUGACCCAUUAAUAAUACUCCAAUUUAUCCAUUCAUAAUCCUCUUAAUGACCUAUUAAUAAUACUCCUAUUCAUCCAUUCAUAAUCCUCUUAAUGACCUAUUAAUAAUACUCCUAUUCGUCCAUUCAUAAUAUUCUUAAGCAUCCGGUCAUAAACCUCAUAUCAGCUGUCUGGCUGCCUGUCUGCCUUUUUGUCUAUUUAAACGUUUCCCAAACAAUGCUGCUCAGCACCACAAUGGCAAACCCUGACAGAGCUGCUGUUUUAUUUUCCCUCAUUUUUAUGUGUCUCUUGCUGUAUUAGACAUUUUCCCAGGUUUGCCAACAUUAAAAUGACCUUGUUGCCACCCAUUUGAUAGAGGUGUAUGCUGGUGGCGCUGCUUUUCAUUGCACAGUAGGGUGUGUGUAUUUUCCACCGAGAGAGGGUGGGGUAUCACCCCCUCAUCAAUAUAGAGUGAGUCACUGCUUCAGAAGGGGGUGGGGGAGCUUCUUAUCUGUUACGAGUUCGAAGGACAUGUAGUAAUCAGAGGACACUUAUUCAUCACAACUGACACAUCAUCUUUUAUUUAUACCAUGAUUUAUUUAACGGUAAUUUCAUUAUUCAAGGGAAAUUUUUUUAUUGCACACUAAAAGCAGGAACAAACCCCCUGUCUUUACUGUAUUUUUAAUCAUGUUUAAUGUCCUCUUUAAUGGACUUUUAUGGCUGCUCUAAUUAUGCACUUUUAUGAUGAUUAUGAAAAGAAGACCCUGUUAAGGUUCUCGGUUGACGGCCAAGUUCUCAGCUCUUGAACGAGGUGUUAAAUGUGGGGACAGGAGUUCAGGUGGUGAGGGGCCUGUACCCCUCUGGGGUGUGCUGUGGUCAGACUGAGCUGAGGGAGUGUGUACAGUGGGCUUAUGAUCGAUAUGCAUUUGCAGGACACAGUACCAGUCAGGCCAGUGACAGUCCGGUCAAAGUGCCUUUAUUGUCCUCUUCAAUUUUAUGAUCCAGGGGUCAUACGCAAAGUCUCGUUGGUUGUAAUGCAAGGAAACUGUAAUAAAUCAAACUGAAUAAAUAUUUAAAAUAUUUAAACACAAGAUAUGUGUUGACAUAUCCAAUAAAACGAAAGGAAAAGAAAUUUAAGCAAACAUAUUGAGACUUAGACAUAAAACAUGGGACAGAAAACCAGUUAAAAAUACAACUUUAAAAGUGCAAUUAAAAACAGUUGGGAAAAUGGACAGUGAAACUGAAUGAACAGGAAUGUGCAAAAUGGUUUAUUGAUAAUGGUUUCAGUGUUAUGAUGUCAGAGUAAACUGACAGCAGUAGGGAACCCAAAUGCAGGGUUUCAUGUCGGGGGCGGUAUUGUCACGCCGUCUGUAUGCAGGUGGACAGUGGCGUGAAAUAACAUUCCCUCAGGAUCACGGUGCGACAGACGGGCAGUGAGUGACAAGGGGAGGGUUUUUACAAGAGAGAGUGAGGGACAUGAACUAGUCACCCUUUGAUUAAACGUCUGAUGCGUUACUGAUCUGUCCUGGUUCUGCAUACCAAGCUAUGCGGUCAUAAGUCUAAUCCAGAUCUGUGAACGUUCCUCCAGUCUUUCUUUCUAUGUGGCCUUUUUGCACAAAAGUCGUUUUUAUUCACUCUGUUUUUCUGGUCAUGUUCUUCUGAGUGCUGUUAGUAAGCCUCAGAAUCCUGUACGAUCCUCAACUCUUUUCAGUAAAUGUUACAUUGUGUGAUGGUUUAUCUGCGGCCCUCCUUCGGAUUUGCAAAUGAUAUCCCACCCAGGUGCUAUUGAUUCACAGGGUGGGCGGGCAGAUCUUCUCCGGCCUGCAGAAGCUGCCGCAUGUGUGCCACGCCCUCUCCAAGCUAAAGAAGCUGCACCAGGAGAAGACGGCGGAGCUGACACACAGCAAGCGGAGGGUCAAGCAGCGCGAGGCGGAGGGGGGAGGAGCUGAAGAAGGAGCAGGGCUGGGUGGAGGAGCAGCUGGAUGACGCCCACAAUCGGGCCAGGAAGCUGCAGAGAUGUUUGGAUGACCAGGUGGAACGAUCAGAGAAGCAGCAGCUGCAGCUGGAGCACUUGCAGUCCCAGAAUAGGGAGAAGAGGAGGCCAGGCAGCCAUGGGGAAGAGCCAGGACUAGGAUAAACAAGGGAGUGACGGAGGAGGAGGGGGAACAAGGUACAUUGGCAAAGAGUGCCGCAGAAGGUGACUGGAUGAAAGCCCCCCCACCCCCAGUGAGAUGGCCUCCAACUUCAACGACAUCGUCAAGCAAGGCUACGUGCGGAUGAGGAGCCGCAAACUGGGGAUUUACCGACGCUGCUGGUUGGUAUUCAAGAAAUCCUCCAGCAAAGGUCCCCGACGCCUGGAGAAAUACCCCGACGAGAAGUCGGCCUACAUCAGAAGCUGCUCCAAGGUGACGGAGAUUGGCGACGUGAAGGCCGUGACCAGGAUCCCGCGGGAGACCAAGAAGCAGGCGGUGGCCAUCGUCCUUCCGGACGAUUCCACCCGCACCUUCACCUGCGACUCAGAGCUUGAAGCAGAGGAUUGGUUCAAGACCCUUUCAAUCGAGUGUUUGGGAAACCGGCUCAACGACAUCAGUCUGGGGGAGCCUGACCUGCUGGCUGCGGGUCUGCAGUGUGAGCAUACGGAGCGCUUCAACGUGUUCUUACUACCCUGUCCCAACCUGGACAUCUACGGCGAAUGCACGAUGCAGAUCACGCACGAGAACAUCUACCUGUGGGACAUCCACAACCCCCGCACCAAGCUGGUCACAUGGCCGCUCUGCUCGCUAAGGCGCUACGGCCGCGAUGCCACCCGCUUCACGUUUGAGGCCGGCAGGAUGUGUGACAGUGGAGAGGGUCUCUACACCUUCCAGACUCGAGAGGGGGAGCAGAUCUACCAGCGGGUCCACUCUGCCACACUGGCCAUCGCCGAGCAGCACAAGAGAGUGCUGCUGGAGCUCGAGAAGAACAGCAGAUUGCUGCUGAAGGGUUCAGAGGCCAGCUCCUACCCAAGCACCCCCACGGCUGUCCUGCCCCGGAGUGCAUUCUGGCACCACAUCACGGGUCCCCAGGGCAGCAUGUGCUCUAUUCCUGGGGACAUGUUCAGCAGCCCACAGACAGACCCGGAAGCUGACAUUCUCCCCACUCAUUUUUCUACUGAACACCGUCACCAGUGCACCCCGGAGCACUAUUCCUCCUACCCCAGCCAGUGAGGGGUGCCGCCCACCUUUUGCUAAGGCUCCGUGGACUGCGUUGCCAUGCCAGUGAAGCGGGAGAUGUUCCUUCAUGCCCACAACAGGAGGAGCAGGCCGUCUGCUUCUGCUCCCUAAACAACUACAUCCCCCAGCAUCCUUCAGUGUGCUGAGGGAGUCCCACAGCCAGGUUGGGUGGUGUUGCGUGUGAUCCUGGGGUUUGCUUAAGAGCAGUUUGGCCUCUUAAUUUACCUGCAUGCUCCCCUCACCUCCUAGUGAAAAACAGCUCAGCUGUGAGUAUAUGUUUGGCCAUUGGCCACUGUGAUGUUGACGAGGUUCACUUUAGCUCUAGAACAUAGAACGAGGCUCACAACAUCAUCAUUUUUCGGAGUGACUUGGGGAGAUUAUUAUGAACUCUUCUACACAUGCUCCUUUAAAUCUGUGACUCUAAUGUCUUCUUCCUGAUGGGAAUUCGUAGCAAAUCAGCAGAUGCAAUAAGCAGCGCUGUUGCUAAUGGUUGGGGUGCAUGUUUCAGGAAUGAAAGUAGCCAAUAGCAAGGGGACCUUCCUCCACCUUCCAAUGAGGAAGCGGAGGAGCAGUGAUGUGAGUGGCUGCCGGUCUUUUGGAUGGUUUGUAAUUGGAAGGAACGUUACAUCCUUUUACCUAGUGCUGUCUGAAACAGAACUUGGACUUCCUGUUUCCUGAUACCUUUGGUACCCAGGUGAACGACAGCUGGCGUGAUGCUCUUAGCUAUAAGCUCUACUCUUUGGCAGGCCGGGCAUUUGGCUUGGCAUCUACACGAUCUCCCCUAGGGAGAAACAUGCUUUUAGUGGUCAGACUUUUGCAAUUUUUGUUCAUCUUUCACCUUGGGGAAAUCAAGAAUGACAGAAUGAAGGACUACGCCAUUUAAAUGUAGUUUUACAUUUUUUUCCAUUGUUAUUUGUGUCUAAACUAUAAAAGGGAGACAGGACUUGUGGUUGUUUGCUUUGUAUUUCUGUCAUCUUGACUGUUACAUUUUAAGAGAAAGUCUGGUCAUAGACCAGUAGGUUCUUGAACUGAUAUUUGCACUUGUGAAGUGUGCAUGAGAGAAGUGUGCAUGAGAGAAGUGUGCAUUUUGGGAAUUCACUGGGGCAUCUUUUCUUAAAGCCCUGUAUAGCGAUCCUGUUUUCCUUGAGGACACAGAUGACCACACCGAUUAAAUCCUCACUUAUUUCCAGCGAAUAUAGUCAAGUGUGCAGUGCAGUUUGACAGAUGCAGAAGGUCGUAGAUGAUGGUGAUGGACGGAUCUGUCCUGUUUAGUGUCAGCUCAUAUCAGCUUGAAUUCAACCGUUAAACACUCCAAAGGACUCUUUCCUGAAGGCUGCCUCACCCUGCAUAAAGGAGUGUCACUGCACCCGGACUUACGUAAAUUCUGGAGGAGCUGCAAAGACCAAUUGAUGCGUUGGGCUGCUUUAAUAAACAACUUUAGCCAACCUGGAGCACAGUCUACAUUAUGCUUCAUUCAUCAUUAGUCAGUUUUCACAACAAUAAACAAAAGAAAAAACAUUCUGUUGAAGCACAAGACCGAAUGGACCAGACUGCCAGACAUACUGUGGGAAAGAUCUUGGUAUUAGAAAGUGAUGGCUGCGUUUCCAUAGUAACACUUGCUGUAUUGCUUCUGGAAUUGCCUGGGAUGACAAGGAGUAUCACUCAGUGUCACCACAGCAGACCUCAAGACUAAUUAUACACUUAUACCAUCUGCUUGUCAUUCAGUUGCUGUUAUCAUUAAGAAGGGCUAAAGUCUCGAUAAACACAUACAUCUGUUCCCCAGGGGUUGUAAGGGUACACGCAGAUUAUUUACUGCCCUCUAGGGCUCUUGUAAAUACACUACAGCUAUUUAUUUUAAAUGGUAUUUGUCCUGACGACCUGCUCUUCCAAGUGUGUGUGUGUGUGUGUGUGUGUGUGUGUGUGUGUGUUUGCGUGCAUAAAUAAUGUGUACAGUUAGUGAGACUUAGGGUAAAGCUGAAUUGUCCCAUUUUGUUUUUUGUGGUCAAAUACCUUGUUCCACAGUGUCUGGUUCCAUGGAAUUAUUAUACAUUUUUGCUGGAUUAGUGAUAGUGGUGUUCCAGAAUGUUCCCAUCUAGGGAAAAGGUAAACAGAAAGGUCAGCAAAGGUCCAGUCAGCUGCCAGAAGGUCUAUGAUUUCAGGAUGAAUUAUAUUUCUGCCUUAUCCAUUGAAAUAUAACUAUAUCACCCCUCGUUUUAAGAGUAAGGGACUUACACCAAAUAUUGCCACCAAAUAGUGCUGGUUUGAUUUUUGUAAAUAAUAAUAAUAAUAAUAAUAAUAAUAAUAAUAGAGUUUUGAAGCCUCAUAUCUUCGGGUGGAAAUUGCAGCACUUAACUACCUUCCUUCUGUGCAUUUUGUGAAAAUCACCUUCAUCAAGAGUCAAAAUCCUGUAGACAGUGGAUCCCGUGAUCCAGGGCCAGAAUGGAGAUUUCACUUUCAUUUUCCUUAGAUUUUUCUCUGAUUUUAUUCUGCCUUUUCUGAUUUUUUUUUGUGAAGUGACCAAGUUUUUCUUAUUUAACGUUUUAAUUCAAGGUCCUGCUGUAUACUUGAUGGUUUUUAAAAUUGAGUUGAGGGUCAGUUUCUGCAGAGUAGGAAUGGAACACGGACACUGCAGAAAAACAUAAUUAAAAAUUUAUUUUGUAAAAACUAGAAGGCAGAUAAAAUAUUUGCAUUAGGAACAGAGCUUUCGCACAAUGUGCCCCGAUGGGGGCAUGCCCUGUGUCUGUUUGCUACUCGAGCAAACUGUGGGACUGACCAGAUCGUUGAAGGCUCUGAUAUUGGGGAGAUGUGCUCCUUUAGCUGAGAAGAAGCCAUUGUGUCAGUCUGGGGUUAUCCUUCUUCUGGCUGAUGCUGGAAAAAGCUGCAUAUCUGUGGUUUUUCCUAGGAUCUUUAGGUCGCAUCUAGUAAAGUUCCAAACAAAAUGUGAUCAUUUAGAAGGGUCAAGAGUGUUAACUUCAGCCAAGCAUCUAAUUCUACUUGUGGGUCAGAUUACAGACAUAGAGCCAAAGUGGAUUAAACUAUGGCGUCUUAAUCCAAUGAAACUUUUUAUUUAAGAUGUAUCUCGGUGUGCACAGGGAUGGUCCAGGGCUUGCUGUCAAACUCUGGAAGACCAGUGACUGUCCUGUAUUACGCAUGUUUCCAUGGAGAUGACCUUGCAUGAAUACAUUCCGAAACUAUGUGAGUCCCGUAACAUUGAUUGUUCAACGUUUUUGCAUUUUUUCAAUAAAAACGACAAAAAUUG